UUACUGCUGCACCGAUGAUAUAAUUUCCACUUCCUGGUAGGCAAGGGUCACAGAAGUGUGGGAGACUUUCUGUAGAUGGAGGCUAGUUUUAUAUAAAACACUCAACUCUCACCUCACACUUAGUACUCUUGCUUAUUUUCAUCAUGUUACGAACACUUUGUCGCACCGGCGGGACUCUUCUUCAGCAAACGCUACGAUCAGCGCCGAGGUUGUGGGCGACCCCAGUCCAGCAGCGAUGGGCGUCCAGUCUGCCCAUGAACACCGUGGUCCUGUUUGUGCCCCAGCAGGAAGCAUGGGUGGUGGAGAGGAUGGGUCGUUUCCAUCGCAUCUUAGAACCGGGUUUAAAUUUCCUCAUACCACUACUUGACAGAAUCCGCUACGUGCAAAGUCUCAAAGAGAUUGUCAUCGAUGUCCCUGAGCAGUCCGCAGUGUCUUUAGAUAAUGUAACUCUACAGAUUGAUGGAGUGCUGUAUUUACGGAUCUUGGACCCUUUCAAAGCCAGUUAUGGUGUGGAGGACCCUGAAUAUGCUGUCACACAGCUGGCACAGACCACCAUGCGUUCCGAGUUGGGCAAACUCACGCUGGACAAAGUGUUCAGGGAAAGAGAGUCCCUCAAUUCCAACAUGGUGCAGUCCAUCAACCAAGCUUCAGACGACUGGGGUAUCCGUUGCCUGCGAUAUGAAAUUAAAGAUAUAAAUGUUCCACCUCGUGUGAAGGAGUCUAUGCAAAUGCAGGUGGAGGCUGAACGUAAGAAAAGAGCCACGGUGCUGGAAUCUGAAGGCUCGCGGGAAUCCGCCAUCAAUGUCGCCGAGGGCCGUAAACAAGCUCAGAUUCUCGCCUCUGAGGGUGAAAAGGCAGAGCGGAUCAAUAAUGCUGCAGGUGAAGCACAGGCUGUCCUUGUCAAAGCUGACGCCAAGUCCAAGGCUAUCCGUCUGCUGUCCAGCGCUUUGACUGAGCAGAAUGGAAACGCGGCUGCAUCUCUAAGCGUGGCCGAGCAGUACGUGUCGGCGUUUUCCAACCUCGCCAAGGAGUCCAACACCAUCCUCCUGCCGUCUAACACCGGAGACAUUAGCAGCAUGGUCACACAGGCCAUGACCAUUUAUAGCACGCUGGCCAAGCAGAGUCCCAAGGUCCAAUCGGAAGAUAUAAAAGAGAAGAGCGAAGAUGAGAUUCAACCAGAAUCAUCUCAGUAGCAAGAGAACAAUGAAUAAAACUCAAAACACAACAUGAGACAGAACCAAAGGAUCAUUGAGGUUGACCAUGGCAGAGAUGUGUUCUAUUAACAAAUCCAAAACUUUGCUUACAGCUUGUGAAAAGUGAAAACGCUUCUGGAGUGGGUCUGUUGUUGGAAAACUAUCAGUUCAACAACAACAUUGCAGGCUUAUUUUAUAAAUGACUGCGCCGAUCACAUUUUCUUAUGUUUAACCGUGUAAAAAGGUGAUUUAGUUAACUCAGGCAAGAUGUUUACCUUUUAUUUGACUUUUUUGUAGAAAUAGAAGUGCAGUAAAAAAGGUAAUCUUUCAACUGAUGUCUUCAAAGAUGUCUUUUUAGGGAGAAUCCCAAGUGUAGUCAAUGUUGUAUUAAAAAUGCCCUAAAAAAAAAGUCAUGCCAGUUUAGGAGUUGAACACCUUUUUAAUUCUGAAUUGUUUUCCCUUUCAGUUAUGCUGGAAAAUAAAAUCACUGCGCCUCUCCUUCAAAUUUGUAUUCAGUACAUAGUAUUAUGGGAUGUAUUUAUUAAAUCUGAAAAAACUC